AUGCUCAAGUCAUUUCCGACUCCGAUCCACGCUGAGAAGCCCGGUGCGCUGGUCAUCAACACCGCGGAGGAGAUUCCGGGAGAAGACGAUUUCCCCGAGCGAUACAUUCCCGAGCACAGCUGGAAGAACGCGACAUCUUAUCCAGUAGAUGCCACGGUAAAUGAGAUAUUUCAUACCCACGUUCUCAAACGUCCGGAUGCCGCUGCUGUUUGUGCCUGGGAUGGCACGUACACGUAUCGCGAGCUGGAGGAGCGUUCAACAGCCGUGGCCCACGAACUCCGCCGGCGGGGUGUGAAGCCCGAGGUCCUGGUAGCUCUGCUGUUUGAGAAGUCUAAGUUCAUCACCGUUGCCAUGCAUGCCGUCCUCCAGGCGGGCGGAGCAUUUCUGCUGUGGGAUCCCAGUCUGCCCGUGGGUCGCUUGCAAGCCAUCUUUGCAGAGUCGGGGGCGCAAAUGAUCAUCUCUUCGGCCACAAUGGCUGGCAUUGCGGCAGAAAUUUGCUCGCACUCGAUCAUAGUGGACGAUCAACACAUUCCACCAUCUGUCGAGUCUCUUGAGGGACCAUUUAAUCUGCCCGAAAACGCGCUAUACAGUGUCUUCACAUCAGGCUCCACAGGCACACCCAAGGGCUUCCUCAUGGAGCAUCGCGCGCUGGUUACCUGCGCACUGGCGUGUGGCCAAUCCCUGGGGUUGAAUGAGAAUUCCCGAACGCUCCAAUUUUCGUCCAAUUCCUUCGACCUGGCGACAUUUGAGCAUCUGAUUCCAUUUAUCUUCGGUGCUUGUAUUUGUAUCCCUUCCGAGGAUGAGAGGAAGGGCGACCUCACUCGGGCCCUCCACCAAUAUCAGAUUACCCUCGCCAUGUUGACCCCCUCCGUGAGUCGGUUGUUGGAGCCAAAAGAUCUGCCAAUCCUGCAGGCCGUGAUGCUGGCAGGGGAACCCGUGCUGAGUGAAGAUGUACGUCGGUGGUCUCCCUACGUCCACCUGCACAAUGGCUACAGCCCCGCAGAAGCCGGGUGCAUUAACAUUCUCAACUCGGCCAUGGACGAGGCCUGCCCGAACAAUGUGGGAUACUCGACCGGUGUUAUUCCAUGGAUCGUGGACCCGGACAACCAUGAGCGGCUACUGGAGGUUGGAGAAGUCGGUGAGCUGAUCAUUCAGGGUCACACCGUUGGGCGAGGGUAUUUUGGAUCUCGUGAGAAAAGCCGGUCGACUUUCAUCGAUGCAACGGCGUGGGUCAGGAAGUUUGACCGUGAAUCCUAUGGAUCGCUGUACAAAACCGGCGACCUUGUCCGGUUCGAUACUGCGGACGGAUCCAUGCAUUUCCUGGGCCGCAAGGACUCCCAGGUCAAGCUCCACGGGCAGCGGCUGGAGUUAGGCGAGAUUGAGCAUCAACUGCGACAGUACUUCCCGCCUCCACACGCGGUGAUCGUCGAGUUGGUGACGGCUGAGAAUCGGGAGCCCAAUUUGAUUGCGUUUGUGAGUCGCUCCCAAGACAUGACCGGCAUGAUCGCCGAUGACAACCCCUUCCUGGUGCCAGACGAGCAAUUUGUGGCGGAAGCGCGGAAGGCACAGGCAGCCUUACGGGAGGCAUUGCCCGUGUACAUGGUCCCGUUAGACUUUCUGCUGCUCUCCCACUUGGUUAUAAUGCCGUCUGGGAAGACUGACCGUCGCUCCAUUCGGAUGUCCGCCGCCAAUCUUUCGACGAUGGAGAGAAGGAAAUACAGCAGUAUGCUCGCGGCCUGUCAAGGCCAACCAUCGACCAAGCUCGAAGAAUCCCUCGUGUACCUAUGGGCAUCCAGCCUCAACAUCCCCGUUGACCAGAUCGGCACUCAGGACAAUUUCUUCAGCCUGGGCGGCAGCUCACUAGACGCCAUUCGUCUUGCUGGGAGCGCGCGCAAAAUGGGAUUUGCCGGCUUAUCUUCCGCCGUGGUGUUCAAGCAUCCAACCAUCCAGUCGAUGGCAAGCAUGUUGGAGGAGUCUGUCCAACAACCCCUGUCAAACACUCCAUCGUCGGUAUCAUUCCAGCUGGACUCGACUCUGACCGCUCACCUCUUAGCCAAGGCUCAACUGCAAGCGAAUGAAUUGGAAGGAGGUUUUCUUCCCACCACUGCGUUCCAGCAAAAGUCCGCCCAAUUGAAAUGCAUGCAUAUCACUCUGGAGGUUUCCGGUCUAGAUCAUUCGCGGCUGGAGGCUGCAUGGGAGGCUGUCCAAAAGAAACACAUCUCCCUCCGGUCCGUGUAUGUUGGCCAUAAUGACUGUGUCUACCAAGCCUUCCUUCGCCAGCCCGCCACCAAAAUUCCCAUCCAAUAUUGCGACGACAAACCAGUGCAGGAGGUUGCAGCGAGCUUUUGCGACAGCGAUGCCGAGCCUGUUCUCAAUGGCAACCGCUGGUGGAAGCUCACGAGAAUCGUCCACGAACGAGACGGCAGCAGUCUGCUUAUCAUCCGGACUACCCACGCGCAGUUUGAUGCCAUGACGCUGGAUGUGAUAUUUAAAGACUUCAUGACCGCCUUUGAGGGCCGCCAACUAUCCCAAUGCGAGCGGCAAUUCUCAGAUUACAUGCCCUGCCGUGUAAAUCAGAACGUGUCGCCGCCAGCGAUGGACUUUUGGACCAAAUUUAUGCACGGGUCCCAGAUGAGUCAACCGAAAUUUACGAACGCUUCCUCCGCUAGUCUGUCCCCUGACCAUAUUGGCAUGGUGUAUGUUAUGCGCCCGAUUCUGCCGAACCCCAUCCCUCCGCUCGGAAUUACUCUGGCUUCUGUGUUUCGAGCCGCCUGGGCAUUUGUGCUCUGGCGUUAUACCGGGCAAGACGACGUAGUGUUUGGCGAAUUCGUCGAAGGUCGCACGCUGCCGCUCGUGCAGGGCAUAGAGAGUAUCACCGGAUGUACCGCAGCGGAGACUCCGAUGCGUAUUACCAUUCCACAUCACGAUGAAGCCACCGUCCAGGAUCUUCUCUCGCACUCUCAAGCGCAAUAUGUUACUCGGAUGCCGUAUGAAACAUGCGAAUUAUCAGAUAUUGUUCCGCACUGUGUUCCCUCCUGGCCGGUACAGACGACUCGGUUUAGCCAUGUCCUAGUGUUGGAAAAUACCGAGGCGAUUCCCCCGGUGGUGGUUGAUGGACAGGCGUGCGCGCAUAAUUGGGCGUUUCAUGGACGCCUGGAAGAUGUCCAAGUGCAAUUGGUUCCUGCGAAAGAUACGUUGCAUGUGGCCAUCCUUGGGCCGGAGAUUCGGUUGUCGCAAGAGAUUGCAGAUAUGCUGGUAGACAAGUUGGCGACGACUCUCAGUCAAUUCAUUUCGAUGCCUGGAGCAUUGAUAUCCGAGAUCAAGUGGUAA